AGGGCAACUCCUGGCCUGGGGGGUUAAAUUAGAGUUAGGGUGGUGUUGUACGGGGGGGGCGAGCGCGGGGCGCUGGUCGCCGAAGUCGCCGAGGGCGGCCGAGGACUGAUUAGGACAGCCGAGCGGUGCGGACUGCCAAGGGCUGCCGAGGCGCCUAGCCUUGCGGAGGACUGCCAAGGACAGCUAAGCGUUGCCAAGGGCAGCCAAGCACUGCCAAGGUGCCGCCGAGCGUUGCUUAGGACUGGCAAGGACUGCCGAGCGGCGCCGAGCGUUGCCGAAGUCAGAUAACACAGCGGAGCGGCGCCGAGCCUCGCAGAGGGCGGACGAGGAGAGACCGCAGCACGCCCGCGCCAUGGGUCCGGUGGUGGAGCGGCCGGCCGAACCCGGCACGAGCAGCGCCGCCGAGCUGGAGCUGCUGAAGCGGCGAGCGGCCGAGCGCAUCGACGAGGCGGCCGAGCGCCUGGGCGCGCUGAGCCGCGCCAUCUGGAGCGCGCCGGAGCUGGCCUACGAAGAGCACCGCGCGCACGGCGAGCUCACGCGCUUCUUCGAGUGCGAGCCGCCGGCUGCCUCGUGGGCGGUGCAGCCGCACUUCGGGCUCCCCACGGCCUUCCGUGCCGAGUGGGCGCCGCCGGAGUCCGCGGCGGGACCCCGCGCGCUGCAGGUGGCCUUCUUGUGCGAGUACGACGCGCUGCCAGCCCUGGGCCACGCCUGCGGCCACAACCUCAUCGCCGAGGUCGGGGUGGCUGCGGCGCUCGGCCUGCGGGCUGCGCUGGAGAGCAUCGCUGCGCCGCCGCCGGUCAAGGUGAUUGUCCUGGGAACCCCUGCAGAAGAAGAUGGUGGUGGCAAAAUUGAUCUAAUUGAAGCAGGUGCCUUCGAAAACCUUGAUGUUGUUUUUAUGGCUCAUCCCUCUCAGGAGAACGCUGCCUAUCUCCCGGAUGUGGCCGAGCACGAUGUGACUGUGAAGUACUUCGGAAAAGCGUCUCACGCUGCCGCUUACCCUUGGGAGGGUGUGAACGCCUUGGAUGCUGCAGUUCUUGCCUAUAACAACCUCUCUGUGUUAAGACAGCAGAUGAAACCAACCUGGAGAGUUCAUGGUAUAAUAAAAAACGGUGGUGUGAAGCCCAAUAUCAUCCCCUCUUACUCUGAACUAGUCUAUUACUUCCGUGCACCCUCCAUGAAGGAGCUUCAAGUUCUCACCAAAAAGGCAGAAGAUUGCUUCAGAGCUGCGGCUUUGGCUACGGGCUGCAGAGUAGACAUUGAAAGUGAAGCACACGAUUAUUACAAUGUCAUUCCCAAUAAGACCCUGUGCAGUGCGUAUAUGGAGAACGGGAAGAAACUGGGAAUGGAGUUCAUUUCAGACGAUGCGGUGCUGAAUGGCCCUUCAGGCUCUACUGAUUUUGGAAAUGUCAGUUUCGUGGUUCCUGGGAUUCACCCUUAUUUUUACAUUGGGACUGAUGCCUUGAAUCACACAGAGCAGUACACAGAAGCUGCAGGAUCACAAGCGGCUCAGUUGCACACGCUGCGUACAGCCAAGGCUCUGGCAAUGACCGCACUGGAUGUCAUCUUUAAGCCUGCAUUGCUCGAAGGAAUCAGGAAGGAGUUUAAAUGUAAACUUCAAGAAGAGCAGCUUUUAAAUACAGCAGCAUAGCAGGAAACCCUAGGGACUGGUCAGGAAACGUUAAGUUUUGUUUGUUUUUUACCUCUCAUGUUUUUCAGUGAAAGAGAGCAUGCUUGUUUUUCAGUCCUGGUAAGUGAGGACAGAUAUAGGGAAGAAGACACUAACGCACGUCUAGAUUUAGUGGAGUUUGUGAUACUUCAGGCGUUGGUGUGUGAUAGCAUCUAUUACGCCAGAUGAUACCUGAUCCUGUAACAUCCCAUAAUGUUUUGUAAGUGUAUCUGCUGUAUAGUGUUACAAGUCCCGCAGGUUUCAGAAGGUGACACUCAUGAACUCUGUGGUUCAGAGUAGGGAAUGUCUUCUCGGCAGUUUAAAUGGAGGGGGAGAUUUGUUUUAAGUCUAACUGUAUCUGUUUGGGUCUAAAGAAAAACUUGAAAUAAGCAUAUGCUUGUGGGACACUCCUAGAAUCUCCAGUACAAGGAAUUAGCUUUACUUUUAACACUUAGAGAAGGGGCGAGGAGGAGCGAAGGGAGUGGUGGAAGAGGGAGAGAGAGAGAGAGAGAGAGAGAGAGAGAGAGAGAGAGAGAGAGAGAGAUCUUUGCUUACAUGUAAUUACUCCAAGAAGUGGCAUAGGAACAGUGGACAGUAACAGGAAAAAUGGCAGAAAGGCACAGUUGAGGCUUUCUAGCAGGGUAGGGUGUUGUGUGUUGUGUUACAGGAGUUGGCCGUAGUACAGACUGGGUGUGCUCUGUUCUCCAGUGUCCCACACGGUCCCUAGUCCCUAGCAGCCUCAUAAGAGUCCCAAAGCCCUGUGCUGGCCCAGUAGUAAUGUGAACCCAUGGCCUUGGAAAGGAGGCUCCGUAGCUCCUAAUGAGACUUAGUUAAGCUUCCUGCGGUUUCUCUGGACUUCCUUUUGUGCCUUCUCUGCUCGCUCCCUGGUUUGUGUCACCACAGCAUUUGUAGAACCACAGGAGAGAGUUGUUUUUACAAGGAAGCCAGGAUUCGAGCUGGAAACCUGAAACAUUUCAGUGGUUGUCAGUAAAAUCACUGUCAGUAAUACCCUGGUAAGGAGGGAGUCACAUAAAAUCAGCAGUUCUUCACGAUCCUUACUGUAGCACAAGUUUCUUUGGUUUUGGUGGGGCUGAGUUUGAGACAGGUUUUCCCUUCUGCCUGCCUCCUCUCCACUCUCUUCCCUCUGCUGCUGUCUCUCAGAUGCUGGGAUUACAGGUUCGAGCAUGGCACACCUGCUAUCUAGAUCUAGUGUGAACUUGCUGCACAUGAUUAAAGUGUGAAGAAGCCAGUAAAACCAACUCAUGGGCAUUUGAGGAGGCAGUUCAGAGUCUGAAGUGGAAGGACACAGGGAAGUGCAUUUGCUUCUGUGGUGGAAGCAAGUCACUUUCCCUCAGUGACACCAGCUGUCACUUAGAAGGGUAGCCAUCUUUGACCCUUCCAGCCUCUGAUUCCUGUUUGAUGUGUACUUUAUAACAGGGAGUGGGUAUUGGAGGGCUAACAUCUGAGAACUGCUCUCUGCUGUUCUCUGGCUUGACAUAGGCUGGUGCUUGCUUGAUUACUUGCCUUUGUGCAGCUAGUAUACUAAGAAUAGUUUUGCAUUUUAGAGGUUAAAAAAACCCCAAAAAACAAAAAAAAAAACACCAUUACCACAAAGCAUAAAGUAUUUACUGUCUGACCUGUCAGGAAAAAGAAACCUCAGAA